GGAUUUUCUGGUUCAACAACGUCAGUCUGUGCGGAGGCGUCCACUGUUCGAAAUGCCUCUGUUUCUGUUUCUUUGUUGUUCCCUUCGUUGUUGUUAUCAUCCUUUCGUUUUUUUGGGCCUCUUAUCCUGUUUCUACCUAGAUUUAAGUUAUUUGGGUUUUUAUUAUAGUAUUUGAGGCAGUAACAGCAUGCGUACGUAUUUUCAACAUAAAACAGCUGUGGGUUAACAUUAGCUAGCUGACGUUGGUUGUGUGGCAGCUUGCUGUAAUGGGUUAACUUGAAUGCGCCGAUCUCUAUCAAAUUGCUGCUGUACUUUCUAUUUUAACACUGAGAUGUAGUAGGCUAAAGGCAGGUGAGUGAGGCGAUGGGAUGCACCUCGGCCAAGCAGUUGUCAGCUGUACCCAGUGAGGACGAGGGCCAGGGCAAAGCCUACAGCAACGGAGAUGCCUUUUCAGAAGAAUACAAAGCGAAGGGAGUGGAGAAGGUCAAAUAUGUGCACGGUGAAGAGGACCAAGUGAAUGCAUGCAACCAGGAAAACCUGGAGAAAAGCACACUUUUGCAUAGGGGCAAACUGAAGGACUCCCAGGGUGUCAAUGGCAACAAGAUAAGUAUCCACUCAUCAGAGAGCCAGCAGGAGUUUUUCAAGAUGCUGGAUGACAAGAUUGAGAAGGGGCGGGACUACUGCUCGGAGGAAGAGGAUGUGACAUAGCACAGUUCUGAAGUUUUAUCCACCUCCACUCAAGGCCUGAUCCCCAGUCUUUCACCAUGGCCAACUGGUUUGUCUCCUCUCCUCAGUGAGUGCUCGUAGGAAAAGCCUGGAUGAGCAAAAGCAAUAUGGCGCAGACACAACACAACACACCUCUAGCGACGUAUUGCGGCAAGGCCAUUCUAAACAAUAUUUCUUCUUUCUUUACGCCUUUCCUGACACGAGUUUUCUACGGAGCCCUUAAAAGUUUUGUGCCAUCACAACACUUUGACCUACAUUCUCAAUAGUAUAUGUACUAUAUUGUGCAGUAACACAAAACAAAUAUUGUGAGGAAGCACUAAAGUGUUGGAACGGAAAA